AACAGACAAACAGACAUCCUUGCCCAGCUCCCUUGAACAGUGUUGACCGUCACAGGCCUCAAUCAUGGCAGACGUACCGAUGCGCGUGGUGUCGGAGAACACCUCAUCAGAGCGUCGUAUCACUCCAUCGUGGUCGAUCAGCAAACUCAAGACAAAGCUGGAGCCUGUGACGGGGAUACCUCCGUCAUCACAGAGGAUCUCCCUCAAGCUCUCGGGUCAGGAGAGCAUCCCUAUCGAAGCUAGCGACGAGGACUCGACUUAUCUAAGCUCCUUCUCGCUCGUGGCAUAUGCUGAACUCCUUGUUCUGGAUACAAGGCCCCCCGGGGCCAGGCCAAACUACACCGACACCACUGGAGUCGACAAGUAUGUGAUGCCCGAGGAGGAAUACGCCAAGAAGACCGACUCUGUUCUUGCCUGGAAAAAGGCCGAGAAGCUCGGGAGGUUUGAUCCCGACGCGCCCAGCCGGGAGGAGGCCAAGAUUGCCGCAUUUGCGGACGAGGUCCGCAGCCGCGGGAUCGAGGCCGGCAAGCGCUGCCGCGUUGGGGCUGACGACACACGCCGCGGAGUUGUCAUGUAUGUCGGUGAGGUGAAAGAGAUUCCCGGUGGCUCGGGUGCGUGGGUCGGUAUCCAGCUGGACGAGCCAAUGGGCAAGAACGACGGCAGCAUCGGGGGCGUGCGGUACUGGGGAGAACCGUCCGAGAUGAAGCACGGUGUAUUUGUGAGGCCCGAGAGGGUGGAGAUUGGAGACUGGCCCCCCAUGGAUGAUCUUGGGGAUAUGGAGGAAAUCUGA